AUGAACGAAAACAUAUACCGCGUCGACGAACAUGUUGGACAAGUCAGCGAUGGCAUUAACGCUCUCAAGGAUCAUUUCGAUGACGUGAUCAAGAAUGCUAAGUACAAUCUCAAGGAAGAACUGAAACGGGAACGAUUGAGCUUAGAGAACUACAGUAAGUUUGAACGUAUUUCUCCAUCGCCGCGAACUGACCCGCGCUUAGAGCGAAGGAUAAGCGAGCUCGAGGAGCGAGUCGCAAAGACGGCGCUUACUCCGAAGGAUCUUAUGAAAGAGCUGGACCUGGACCGAUCUGAGCAUACACAUGUACCAGAGGUCUCCACGGUACUCAAGGACGGGCUGAACAGUCCAACAAAGUACCAGAAUCGCGCAGGCUGGGUAGGAAACACCACCGAAUUCCGAAAUUGGCUAGGCGGGCGAGACAAGUCUCAAAUACUGUGCAUUCAAGGCCAUGGCGAGUUCGAGAAGACUUCUCCGCUGAGCUUCCUCAUCGCGCUUCUCUACGAGAAACUGGAAAGGACGCCGCGCACACUCGUUCUCCCAUUCUUCUGUGGACUCAGCAGAGUGCGCUCUGGACCAGUAAUUAUGCUACGGGCAUUCUUUAUCCAACUGCUCGCUGCAUGCAAUGCACACGGAGCAACGGACGAGGAAGGACUCCCUCUACUUUCUUUUUUGGGCCACGAUGACGUGGCGAACAUGGAAGACAUGUGCUUGGAAACAUAUCAAAAUGCAGUAGUACAGCUGUUACGCGAGUUGCGGAGGGAGCAUAAAGCGAUUUUCAUCCUCAUCGACGCCGUCGACUUCUACGACUCAGACUGGGGGGACGAGAUGGAUGAUUUCAUGAAGAACAUGAGAAAGCUGGUGAGAUCAUCCAACAAGGCAGCGGACGGAACGUCGGGUGGUGUUCUAAGGGUUCUCGUAACGGCGUCAACAUGGUCGAAGCGGUUUUCGACUCCCAAGAAGCCGAUGGUCCUGCUUGAUCUGCCCGAGCAUCUGGAUGGGUCGAUGGACGGGUUCGAGAGGUUUACGUAG